UUUAGCUUCACUAAUUUAAUUGUAAACAUGAUUGUUUUAGCUUAUCAUCAUAAUUGUGUUUUGAAUAAAUUAUUAAUAGCUGAACGUGAGAAAGAAAAGAAAAAAAAAAUACUAAUAAGCAGAGGAAACAAGUUUUGGCAGAUGUAAAGGUGGCGGGAGUGGGUUGGGUGAGAUCAUACGAAAAGGACGGUGCCUUGCCCUCUAUCUCAAUCUUCUUCGACUGAAAACUAUUUACAGGAAAGUGGAGAGCUUUUGUUUCUUCACGUUUCUCAUCGCCAAAAAAAAUUAGGACAAAAUCCCAAAUCCGCUUUCUACUCUGAAAGUUGUAGACGUAAUAGAGACAAUCAAAUCCCUCGGGGGAGGAGAGCUUUCAGGUUAAGGCACUGAAAUCUCCAACAAAAAGAGAUCAAAUCUGUUCUUUAAAAAAAAAAAAACACCAACUCGAAGAAAGCUAUCGAUUUGUUCGACAUGGAUUUCUGGCCAGAGUUUAUGGCGAGCAGCUGGGGAAGAGAGUUCGUCGCCGGUGGAUUCGGAGGCAUCGCCGGUAUUAUCUCCGGCUAUCCCUUGGACACCCUGAGAAUUCGUCAACAACAGAGCUCCAAAUCCGUAUCUGCCUUCACCAUUCUCCGCCGGAUGCUCGCCGUCGACGGUCCUACCUCCCUCUACAGAGGCAUGGCUGCACCCUUGGCCUCCGUCACUUUUCAGAAUGCUAUGGUGUUCCAGAUAUAUGCAAUACUCUCUCGCUCCUUUGAUUCCUCUGUUCCCCUAGAAGAGCCUCCUUCCUACAGAGGCGUUGCUCUUGGUGGGGUUGGCACUGGUGCUGUGCAGAGCCUCUUGCUUAGCCCUGUUGAGCUCAUCAAGAUUCGUCUUCAGCUGCAGCAGAGCAACAGCGGCCCCCUCGGCUUGGCUAGGACCAUCCUCAGAAGAGAAGGGCUCAAGGGGAUAUACAAAGGCCUCACCAUAACGGUUCUCAGAGAUGCUCCAGCUCACGGCCUCUACUUCUGGACUUACGAGUACGUACGAGAAAGGCUACACCCGGGCUGCAGGAAAAGUGGAGAAGAAACCCUCAGGACCAUGCUGGUCGCAGGUGGCCUAGCUGGUGUGUCCAGCUGGGUCGCUUGCUAUCCUCUUGAUGUUGUCAAGACCAGGCUUCAACAAGGGGGUCAUGGGUCUUACGAGGGCAUUGCCGAUUGUUUUCGCAAGAGCAUCGCUCAGGAAGGCUAUGGGGUUCUCUGGCGUGGCCUUGGGACUGCAGUUGCCAGGGCCUUUGUUGUCAACGGUGCCAUUUUUGCUGCUUACGAGGUUGCCUUGAGGUGUUUAUUCACUCAAUUGACGCCCGCUGAUGUUGUCACAGGAGACUUGAGUAAAAACCAAAACAAGACGCCUAAGGCAGCCUUGAAGAUUCAUAAAGAGUGACUCUAGUUAAUAAUAUUGUUAGCACAGAAAGUUUGAGUUGGGAUUUGGAUUGCAUGGUCAUACAAAUCUGACUCGCUUUAUGGAUCCCGCAGAAACCUCGUCUGUGAUAAAUAGUUGAGCAUUAAGUUGGAAAACCAAUAGAAAACAUAUGAAAUGAAACACUCUUUUGCUCUAUGCUUUUCUAUUUUACCUUCUUUGCUAAACCAAGGAUGCCAUGGAUUUCCUCCAAAAUAUUCUCAUAUGUUCCUCGCUCUCCUAGACACGGCCAUUAAUGCUGACUUGGUUGCUUUAGGAUGAAUUUAUAUGACUUGGUUGCUUUAGGAUGAAUUUGUAUGUUUAUAAGAAUCGGUACAACAGUCUGUGAACGGCUCCGUACCCUUUGGUGGAAUAACCGAGCUGAGCCGAUGAGAAUGAGAUGUUCUUUUAAACGGAUCAUUGGAGUAUCAAGUAUCUACCAGUAAAAUAGAUGCAUAGUCCUUUGCAUGGCUUAUUGCUCUACCUGAAAAACAAAAGCAGGGAUGAAACUUUUGUUGUCUCAGUCGAAUCAUCAAUA